UCCAAAAUUAGCGGGCAGUGUUGGUUGGGUUCCCACUUUGUGCUUAACUAUAAUAUAUCAGCUCCAAAAUGGCUAUGGCUGCUCCUACACUUGUGCUUCCUCUCCACCUCAAACCCUUGCCUAAAGCUCGGAUUCUUCGCCGGAAUGCGCCGUCGGUCAAUCGCCGUCGCUGCUGCCUUUCGUUGCUUUCGGUCGUAUGCCAAGCCGUGGGAGAACGGCCGGAGGCUACAGCUGUAUACGAAGGCGCCUACGGUCCAUGGAAAGUCGAAUCGUCUGAUGUUCAGGAGGUAGUUCUGUACAGAUCGGGACUAGUUGCCGCUGCCUCCUCGUUUGUGAUCGCAUCUUCUGCGGCUUUUCUGCGGAAUAGCGAUGUGGAAGUGUUUGAUUUGAUUCGGGGGAAUUUGGACUUGUUUUAUGGUUUAGGAGCUUGUGGAUUGGGUUUGUCUCUGUAUCUGAUACAUAUAUAUGUGACGGAGAUUAAGCGCACGCUGCAGGCGCUGUGGGCGGUUGGUGCGGUGGGAUCCUUGGCGACGUACGCUGCUCUGGCUCAGCCAGCUGGGAAGAAUUUAGUGGAGUAUGUUGUUGAGAAUCCGACGGCUGUGUGGUUUGUUGGUCCGCUGUUUGCUGCUUUGACUGGCCUUGUGUUUAAGGAAGGGCUUUGUUAUGGGAAAUUGGAAGCUGGCAUACUCACAUUCAUCAUUCCAUCGGUCAUGCUUGGGCACCUUACGGGUUUGAUGGAUGACAAUACAAAGCUCACUCUACUCGGUGUCUGGAUGGCACUUUUUGUGGUAUUUGCUGGUAGAAAGUUCACUCAGCCCAUCAAGGACGAUAUAGGAGAUAAAUCAGUCUUCAUAUUCAAUGCACUGCCGCAAGAGGAGAAGGCGGCGCUCAUUGCAAAACUUGAUAAGGAGAAGAGCUCUUAGAAUCUCAAUAAGGUUACAGGUGCUUAACUCCUUUUCCAUGUUUAUGUUCAGUAGGUAAUUGGGCUAUACAUUUUUGCCUGAAAUUUAUGAGGUUAUUUUGAAAAGUAUGUGUAGUAUCAUCACUGUCUUUUGUAGUCUUCUCAUCGUUUUUGUUAGUGCUUGAUAGGUAUGACUUAUAUAGCGUUCAUAUGUAUAUGUAUGUGAGAUACAAAAUACAUCAAAUAUGUGGGAAUAAAUGCAGAGGAAGUUUAAAUAUGAAAA